AUGGGAGUCUUUGCAGUCUUCAAGACUUUCAUUUUGAUCCUCAACUCGCCCAAUGUAUCCAAGUCUCCUCGCUUACAAACGGGGGUCAUCUCUGAUCAUGAACCGCUGUCCCAACACUUUGCUAUCAUACUCGAAACACGCAGUGGCCUGUACAAGGAGAUUCGAGAAUUCAAGGAAGAUGCCGAGAAGGUCGCAGUGAAGAUUGCUGAUGAUAGGCUUUGUGAACGAAUCAAGAAGUUUGUCGAAGCACCUCGAGAGAUCCAGGAACUUUGCGAAGAGGAUGCCAAAAGUGAAAAUGUCAAUCUGAUGGCGGUCAUCUUGAGAUCCCCCGAGGGCCCUAAGCUCGACAAGGUAGCCUACUAA